CUUGUACCUUGCCGAUCUACACUUCACUUUCACUGCCAGGAACCCGGUCACUGACGCAACAUCUGACUCUCUGAUUUGGCAACGAACACGAAACCCUAUCUAUCCUAUCCUAUUUGUCUUAUCCCCUGGUCUUCGGGUUUCUGUUUCCUACUCCCCAUCCCCACCCCCCUUCUUUCUAGAAGCGUUCGCUCAUGGAUUCUAAACACCCUUUUAACCCAGUAAAAAGAAAGGUUCCAGCGAUCAGUUUAAUGAUUUGUGAUGCCUGGAUUAUUCGGCUUUAUGCCAACGUUGAGGCGAGAUGAUGCCCAGACCGAGCUGGAAGUGAUCCAUGGUGACGGCGCAAGCCAUGUACCCGCAACGUCGGGCGCCACUCUACUUCCACGUCCGGUUGCUUCGAUGAUUUCUUUUGUUACCCAGUCCACCUCGCUCUCCCUUCGAGUAGGGACUUUCUUCGGGGGAGUAGCCAUCAAUGGGGCCAGAGCGACUACCCUGACCGGGUUGGAGCUCAGUAGAGCGGUAAUUGAAGGCGUUUUGACAAGGGCUGGGCGGGAUGUCGCUACCAGGAGCAGCGGGGAGCAUGGGAAAGCAGAAGCGGAGUCUCUACUCGAGCGAAGUCUUGCCGUUCUGCACAAGUCGGUUACGUCUGCAUCGUUCUUCGCAGCUGCGACGUUCCAUUUCUCAUCCACUACUCUUUCAUCUGCCUCAAAUAUGUCUCAGGCUCUUCUGUCUAGUCUUGAUGCAUUACUCGGCUCAACCGAGUCCUCAAGGGCAAUUGCUGCUAUCAUCACGCUUAUCCGAAGAGAGUUUAGAAACCCCAGCGCUGAGACGAUGACUGAUGUUAAUAUCGACGUUGGUGACCUUCUAGUUGGCACAGUUGGUUUCGCAAUGCUCCAACGUUGGGGGAGGAAAAACACGGAGAGACAGAUACGUACUAACGGUGGGGAUGAGGCCAUUUGGGACGUUGUCAUCUUAGACAAUGGCGUCAGAGCAGAUGUUGUUGGGAUGCAGCAGAUACAAUUUACGAAACGGCCUCGGCGCGACUUCCAGGACGAGACAAGGCGUUCUUCUUUCAUGUCCCCGGGGAAUGAUGAGGGGGCUUUCGAUGCUGUGCAGCGUCCGGCGAGCAGGGGUGAUGUGGACGAGAAACAUUCCCUUUCGCUUCCUCCGGGAGGCCAUCAUCAGAUGUCCGACGAUGACAUCCAUUUGUAUAUUAUGAAGCAGCUUCCACAAGGUUGCCGUGCCUCGAUAAAGUCUGAGCUAGUCACUGCGCGUACCAUUACAGUGGAUAUAUAUGAUGACGACAGUGCAGAAAUUGCUGCUCCACCUGGUACAAUGGUGAUUGAGGAAAGGUUCCAUAAUGAUCAAUUCCUUGGCAAUGGUGGAGUAUCAAGCGUUCACCAACUGCCUAAGCACACUGUUGUUUUUCGAACGGCUCUCAACAAAUCCCAAAGCGCAGAUGUGAGGUUAUCAGCCGGAGAUGAUAUUCCGGGCGUACAUGAGAUCAGUUCUGACCAUGACAACCCGAUUCCUACUUUCCCUCCAGGCACUGCGAUUACCGACUCAUCUUCUGACGCUCGACCAAUUGUUGAAAAUAACAAUCGUGAUCUACUCCAGGACAGGUCUCUACAAACCGCACAAACUGAAUCACAUGUCGAAGGUGGCAGGCACCGAAGUAGUGGUCAUAUGCCAGGGGCGGAUGAACCUGAUAAGAAUCUCCUUGGACCAACACGGCUCACCGAUAUGAAUACCUCUAAAAGAUACCGAACAGAAUCAGCUCAGACGCCCUCGAAUGAAGUCGCUACUACCUCUAAAAGUUCAUUCGGGAAAGGUUCUCUGACAAGGAUUGCGCAGAAAGUGAAACCGGCUGGGGUUGAGAGAAGCGACCCAAGCAAGCGGCUGUCUGCGAAGUCUACCAUGGUAAAGCCUAAUGCAUCUCAUACUCACUCCACGCAACGCAGCAGGGGUGCGAAAGGUUCUACCCCGGAAAGGAAGUCACCAGUUCAUAGGGCAUCUACAAAAUCUACUGCAGACGCAAAACUGGAGAAGGCGUCACUUCCUCCUAAGACUCGAGCUUCGUCUGUAGCAAACAGAGGCUCACUAAGGUCACCUCUACAAAUCUCUCGGCUAUCUGUUCCUUCUCCGACUUUACGUGGCUCUAGCGCACGGGAAGUGCCACCUGACAGGAGUCCGAUGCCUGAGUUCUACGCAAUACAUGAGAAGAAUACCGAAUCGAUCAUGGAGCAAACGGAUGCUUAUUCUACAAACCAACGUCCGAGUUCUUCUGCAGGCAUGAGAACACAUGUUCGCAGCAGUAGUUCUAUGUCGGUCACACGAUCUGAGACAGACAUGUCUGUAUCCCUCCACGAUAGACGCCCGAGCUCUUCCACUGUACACAAAAGCUCCCACUCGUUUGCCCCCAGCAUAUAUUCCUUGGCGACGGCAGGCUCAGAGACGUCACUUAUACUUGCACAUCGGUCCCGUAAUAGUGCAUACGAUGAUGUGGAAACUAUACAGGCCCUAAGCCGUGAUGGAUUUGUACCGGGAAUAUUCCCUCAAAAGCAUUUUGUGCGAAACAUUAGGCGUUUCUGUCGUUUUUCUUCGGCAUCCUAUGGAUCGAAUGCCCUCAAGGUCAUGGGUGUCCCACGAACGACAAAAGCUCUACCAUAUCAAGAAUCUGAUAGUCAAGAGCACAGUGAUUUCUCAGACCAUACCGGCCUGCCGGCCUCCACGAUCCUUCUAUCAUCUUUCGUCGAUCCUGCAGGUGGAUCAAAUGCUGCUGGAGAGACGGAGACCGGUUUCCCCCUGGUUCAUUACCUGUUUUUAGAUCACGAAUCAAAGGCCGUGGUCCUGACACUCAGGGGGACAUGGGGCUUCGAAGAUAUCCUUACAGACAUGACCUGUGACUAUGAUGAUCUUGAAUGGCAGGGAAAGAGCUGGAAAGUCCACAAGGGCAUGCAUGCUUCCGCACAACGACUCUUAAUGGGGGGAGGUGAGAAAGUUAUGAUUACACUGAGAGCUGCCUUGGAGGAAUUUCCGGAUUACGGUGUGGUGCUAUGUGGUCACUCAUUGGGCGGGGGCGUUGCUGCACUCUUAGCUACGAUGAUAUCGGAACCUACUAGCAACGGCUCGGGAACAGCAUUUAUGACUACUUCGUAUAAAGCCACCACACAGCGUUUGACUCCAACUGGAGGUAGCGAGCACAGCCAUGCAGCUUGUUUUCUUCCGUCGGGACGGCCUAUACAUGUCUAUGCAUACGGCCCGCCCGCAGCUAUGUCCCCCUUUCUUCGCCGAGCAACGCGUGGGUUGAUCACAACCAUUGUCAACGGCCAAGACGUGGUACCCAGCCUGUCUUUGGGGAUUUUGCAUGACAUGCAUACGGUAUCGGUAGCCUUUAAGAGUGAUGUUUCAGGAACCAAGUCGCACGUACAAGGCCGUGUGUGGGAUAGUUUGCGGCAGAGUAUCAUCAAUAAGUUCUACGUCAACGAGCCGCCUAUAGUUCAACAUGCUGGCGACGGGAUUGGUGAAGAUGCUUGGGGUUGGAAAACGCUCAAAAUGCUUAGAGAAGAAAUGCUCGCGCCUAAACUCAUGCCCCCGGGAGAGGUAUUCGUGGUCGAGACAAUGCGCGUUUUGCAGCGGGAUGCUUUCACAUCUGAUAUGAGUGAGGAUGGCUCUCCACGGCUAGGUCGUCCUGCAACGAGAGUUCAACUUAAAUUUAUCCGAGAUGUUGAGUCCGUCUUUGGAGAAAUGAGAUUCGGGUCGGGAAUGUUCAGCGACCACAAUCCAGCACGGUAUGAAGCAAGUCUAGCAGCGCUCUCACGUGGGAUCCUAGAUGACUGAUGUAUCAUGAUUCCGUUGGCUAUUUAACUUGAUAUGGGGGGCGACCGAUCGACCAGGACUCUUCGAGUCGGCAACCCUCAUGUUAUUGCUCUUUUCUUGUCUUUUUUGCCGGUGUGACAUGGAAGAUAUUUUCAUUUCAGUGUUGGAAGACACUAUCUAUACAUGCGAUCUAAUUUGAAUAUACCCCUAGCGCAAUCACACUAGAAAUAGAAAAUAAGACUUGGAUUCAAACAUCUUGAGAUGAAAUUGUCCGGCACUUGUUGAAGGUUGAUAUCCCGGUUGAGUAGUCUGUGGGACAGGAAUAUUCUUUUGGGGGAUGCACAGCAUCCGC